AUGGCAAAUCAAUCUGAUGUAUUAGCAGCGAUUCAAGCUAAUCUACAGCAAGCAAUUCAACGUAACAGGCCGCCCGAACCAGCAAAGACGCUGAAGUUCGAACUCGAUGGUCAAGUGCGAGCGUGUUGUUUGCCAAAGCCAAUUACGUAUUCCGACCUAUUGAAGUGUAUUCAAAAUUUAUUUGGAAAACGUACACUAUCAUCGAUCGAACUUAUUCGAUGUUUAUUCUCUCGCGACGAUGCAUUACGUUUGCCGAUUACAAACGACGAAGAUUUAAAUAAAGUACUUGCCAUAUCGGAUGCCAAUGGAUCGAACAAACUCAAUUUUUUUUUAACACGAAAAAAAACUCACGCAAUAUCUCGAGUAAUAUCAGUUAAUAAUCAUGAUGAUUCUGGUUCGAUAUCUGACGAUGGACAAACUCUGGACAAUGAUGAUACUAGUCUUGAUUCACCACCACCCGGCACGAUUGCACCACAAAAACGCCGAACAAAAGUAAACACAAAUAAUCAAAAGGCCAUAUCCAAAGAUGGAGGACUUUUCAUUCCGGAAACAAAUGAUGAUACAUAUUCGAGUGGUGGCUCGUCUGUUGCUAGUCGAGAUUCGAGUGGAAGUGAGCAUAGUUCAAGAAGACGUUUACGCACUACGUCUUUUGCCCGACUUUCAGCAUCGUCAUCUGCUGGCAGUAGUGGCAGCGGAGUAAAUACAAGCAGCAGUUCAUCUCAAGCUAAUUCCCUUGAAUCUCUACGUAGUCAGUGUUCUUGUUCUAGUCAUCAAUAUAAAACACCGAGAACACCUACCAAUUGGAAAUUAGGACGACAGUUAGGACAAGGUGCUUUUGGUAAAGUUUAUCUUUGCUACGAUGUUGACACUGGCAGCGAAUUGGCGAUUAAACAAAUAUCUAUUCGUGGACUUAACUCUGAAACAACACAAGAAGUCAAAAUUUUAGAAUGUGAAAUUAACAUUUUCAAGCAACUUGAUCAUGAACGUAUCGUUCGAUACCAUGGUGCAUUACGGACGGAUGAGUUCUUACAAAUAUUUAUGGAAUUCAUGGCCGGUGGAUCUGUACGAGAACAAAUUUUAAAUUAUGGUGCAUUAACUGAACAAUUAACAAAGAAAUAUACCAGACAGAUACUCGAAGGACUUGUUUAUCUGCAUGAAAAUCACUUUGUUCAUCGGGAUAUUAAAUGUGCGAAUAUUUUGCGGGAUGUCUCGGGUAAUAUAAAACUAAGUGAUUUUGGCACGUCGAGACGACUAAUUGCUAUAACCAAUCAAAAUCAACCAGAUUCUGGAACUAUUGGUACAGCUCAUUGGACAGCGCCAGAAAUAAUCCGAGGAAGUAUUUUUGGACGUAAAGCUGAUAUUUGGAGUCUCGGUUGUACAAUAGUUGAAAUGUUAACUACGGGUCCUCCGUGGCAAAAUCUACAACCUAUUGCAGCUAUAUUUCAUAUAGCGACUUGUGAGAAGCCUGAAUACAAACUGCCAAGCAAUGUAUCGUCUUUAGCCAAAGAAUUCAUCGAUAUGUGUCUAACAAAAGAUUACAAUCAACGACCAACAGCCGUAGAUCUCAUACAUCAUUCAUUCUUGGAUAAUCCUCAGUUUCCAUCCUCAUGCUCACCAUGA